CCCCUCAGACGUAACCGCUUUCUUCCUUCUUCUUUUCUUUUCCUCCCCUUGGAGACCUUCGAUCUAUCUCCCUUCCAAUCCAAGUAACCGUGGUUUGGCUUCUCCAUUGUUUGCUCUUCCAUUGCAUGCCACUUUCGGUCACUUGAAGGUGUUUUGAACAUUGAGGACAAUUUUUCAAAAAUCUGAAGUGCCACUUAUCUUUAUACGACAAUGGUUAAUUCAGUUAUCGUCGAGUUAUCAACUGAACUACAAAAUGCUGAGCCUUUGGGAAGAUUAUCUAUACUUUCCUAUGGUGCUGGUCACAUGCUAAAUGACAUCACAUCGGCCUGUUGGUUUACAUAUUUGUUGUUAUUCUUGACAGACAUAGGACUAAGUCCAAGGGACGCAGCCAUUGUUAUGCUAUCUGGCCAAAUUGCUGAUGCCUUUGUCACAGUAUUUGCUGGAGAGCUGAUAGACCGGUUUGGGCAUUUCAAACUAUGGCAUGCUGGAGGAUCGUUUUUGGUUGCCAUUUCUUUUUCAUCCGUUUUUGGUGGCUGCCUUCCCUGCAAAAUCUUGGGGACUAAUUCAUCUACUGUACAAACUAUUGGGUAUAGCACAUUUGCUGCAAUUUUUAAUGUGGGUUGGGCUGCUACCCAAGUUUCACACAUGUCAAUGGUAAAUUGCAUCACAUUGAAUCCAACAAGCAGAGUUGCCCUUGCAAGCUGUCGUAAUGCCUUCACAAUGGUAUCGAAUCUCAGUUUAUAUGCAGUUGCUUUAGCUGUAUUCAGUGUAUAUAAUGCCAAACAAUCUGCGGAUGUUAAGAUUCAGUAUCGCUGGAUUGCGUACUUAUCGAUUUUCAUGGGAUGCUGCUUUGUGGGCAUAUUUCUUAUUGGAACCAAAGAACCAGAGUUGAAGCUUCAAGUCCAGUGUAAAGAUCUUUCUAGGAUUUCAUGGGCCCACUGGUUCAAGAAGGUUUUAUACUAUCAAGUUGCUCUUGUUUAUAUGCUUACUCGACUAGUAACUAAUGUUUCACAGGCACUUCUUGCAUUCUAUGUCAUUGAUGACUUGAAAAUGAAUCAUUCUUCAAAGGCCUUGGUACCUGCCAUUAUCUACAUUUGCAGCUUCAUGGUAUCUGUCAUUCUGCAGGAGAUUCGAUGGACUGGUUGGCGCCUUAAGGCCUUCUUUAUAGGUGGAGCCAUUUUCUGGAUAUUUUCUGGUGCAGGAAUCUUUAUUCUUCCGAGCAACCUCCAGAGUUUCAUGUAUAUUUUGUCAAUUACUAUUGGUGUUGCUAAUGCAUUAAUGACGGUGACAGCAAUUAGCAUGGAAAGUGUCCUUGUUGGGGAAGAUUUGAAUGGUUGUGCUUUUGUUUAUGGAUCACUGAGUUUUCUUGACAAGCUGUCAUGUGGGCUAGCUUUAUAUGUUCUUGAAUCAUAUCAAGGCUUGCCUGAUGCCAUGGACCAUCAUGUGGUGACAGCUGGUCACUAUUCAAUUAUCAGAUGUGGUCUGGGACUCAUUCCUGCAAUUUGCGCACUUCUUUCAGCAAUUAUCACAUAUACCAUGAAGCUUCCUGACCGUUCAAGGCCUUUAGUUGAGCCUCUUCUUGUGUGAUCAUAGGGAUCCUGAAUUUUGAACUUUUCUGUUGCAAUUUGAUUGAAAGAUCAUAUGAUGAGAUCGGCGAUGCUUCGAGGCAUGUUGCAUUGGUCCGGAUUAAAGCAAUUUAACAGUAGUCUCCACACCACCUCAUUCUAAUCUCUUGUAACCCAUGGUCUGCUUCCUUGAACCUUCAUCUUGUAUUAUCAUCAGAACUUUUGCAAAAGAAGUUGCAGCCAAAAGUGCUACAAAAGCAGCUAUGAUGAGGAGACAGCUAAUUUAUAGCCUCAUUUGCUGACAGAUAGGUCUGAGAGAUGAAAUAUUGCAUGUGAAAAUGGUUCUGGAUGGUCUAACUUUGCAAUGGAUAUUUUCAUUUUUUGGUCAUGAAUUAUGUCAAACAACUUUGCUGUCCUUUAUUUUUGGAUAGCCACGUACAUUGUAAUACAAGCACUUACACAUGAUUUGCAGUGAUAAAGUAAAAAGACUUUUCUUUUUGUAU